GACUCUUUUAUUUUGGUGCUAUAUAUGUUAUAUAGUAUUAGAAGACUGAUGGUAAUGAGUAAGCAUCUAAUCAGUAUUACCAUGGAAUUGGCAGUAAGGAAGCAUAUUUUGGCUCUUUUUUGUUCAUUUGUUACAGUUUUUUGCGAGCUUUCCCCCCUUUUCACCUCUUUUUUGUAUUUAUAUUUUGGACACUCUUUCAAGUUUCAAGAAUGUAAGAAUCUCUAAAUUUUGGGGUCUAAUGAUCCCAGAUGGAAGUAUGUUUCAAGGGUCACAAAAACAAAUGGCAUGACACUAUUUGCCUAAUUUGUAACAAAAUCCAUGAAGUCUAUACCUUGAUUCUUUGUUGCUUUCUAAGGUUUUCGUAUGUUUUUCAACAUUUUAUAUGUACUAUUACUCUUUUAGAGAUGCUAUGCUACUUAUGCCUCAAUGUGCGCAUUGUGUUCGUGAUGCGCGUGCAUCAAUAGCGCAUCGCGCAUCGAGGCGCUAGAGCCCCUUUGUGCAUCGGUGCGCAUCGUGACUUAAAUAACUAUGGUGGAACAUCAAGGUAAGCUCGGUGUCAUAACAUCAAAUCUCCUAACCUAAAAAAGCACAAAAUUUUCUUCAGCUACUCCAAAUAUAUUUACGGAGUAUUUUUUUACUCGAAUUAUAUUUUAAUUACUCCUAUUCGUGAAAAUUGUUGAUGUUUCAGGUAAUUGCCAUUCGAGUCAAGAGAGGAAAAUUGGAUCUCAAUUAGUUCGGACAUGGUGCAAUUGGUUGAUUUGCUAAGAAUUUCAGAGUAAUUUUGUUCAUUUUCUUUAACCUCUUUUACACUUUGUCUCUGUGAAGUGUUUGAUUUGGUAGGAGUGUUUAUUAUAUUAAUAGUGAUAUUCAGAGUCUUGGCAUGGCGCCCAUCAUCAAGGGUUCAAUUAGCAAAAAAAAAAGAGGAUUGUAUUCUAGUCUAAAAUCUAACGUGUAAGGCAAGUAGUUGCUGUAUGAUCAAGGUUCCAGCUCUUGCAACUGUGGGAUUCUUCUAACAUGCUGUUGAUUGACGAGGAGGUAGUAGUAUGUUUUAUUUGGGAUACUACUUUGAUGACCGACCAGCUCUCCGCAGAGGUGAAGUCUUGGACACCACCCCGUCGCACCUGAACCUCCUCGCACUUAGAUUCAUUUUUUGUCGCGCUGUGCUUACUCUAUUUUGCCUUCGUGAAGAAAGUGACCAAUAUUUGCCUGUCUGCAUCCCCGAGCUUCCUGAUUCGUUGUCUCCAGUCUCUGAAUAUGUACAACCAGCCAUCAGACGACUUGCCAAUCAUCUCAACGUUGCCAAUUCUUUUCAUCUUUACUGAUUCAGUUGUUGCCAAGGGUAAUUAGUGGGGCAUAAUUGGUGGAGCUAUGUAGUUGAAGUGAAAAUACUAACUACUUGCUCAGUACAAUGCAGAAAAUUUAUGUGGUCAUGAAAAACGUAGUCUCUUCAGUGGAUGUGCAGAAGUUUGGUUUUUUUUUUUUUGUUUCUUCACCAUUUCUACAUUAGGCUUGCCGGAUAGCUUUCGCGCAGGAAAUCAUGGUUUAUUUUGCUUCCAGUUGUAAUAUCUUCUGUCCAGGUAAGUUAGUAGUGGUCUAGCGGUGUGUUAGCUGGAUGUGA